CCCAUUGGCUGCCGUUGCUAGGAUCCUUUUUUUAUUAUUUCAAUACGUAAAACUUUAUUUGUCACACAGGAAAUGUUCUGCUGACAGUUAACAAAUGUGUUGGGGUUACAUAGAUCGGAACAUGACUUCUGCAGGAAUGUGUGUGAAAUCCACGACCAGCUGACCGGAACAGAUUCCAUCAUGGCUGUGAGCUUUGAGGAGUUCUCCGUCCCCCCUGGCUCUGAACUCGCUCUUCCGCCGUUGUUUGGGGGAAAUAUUUUGGAAAGCGAGCUCGAGACCGAGGUGGAGUUUGUGGAUGGAGGCCUCAGCGGAGACAACCUUCAGGAUGAAGAGGAAGAAGAAGCCCAGCAGAGGCUGAGAGAACUCAACAAGAGGAAGUUCCUUGCCCUGAGCCGGCGAUGUAAAGAAAUUGAACAGGUGAACGAGAGGAUUCUCAACAGGCUCCACGAAGUGCAGAAGAUAACGCGCCGGAUGAAACAAGAACGGAGAUGCCUUAUGAAAAUCCUGGAUUCGUAUGGGGAUGAUUAUAGAAAGAGCCAUCUCACUAUCAUGCUUGAGGAUGAAGGACCCCAUCGGUCCAACACGCCAUCCCCUGCCAACUCGGAGAACGAAGCCGCGGAAAACGAUGAGCUGCCUGCUAGUCGGGGGGGCUUAUCAGGGCUGUCCCUCGGUUUGGAGACUGCUAGUCCGGAAAGUCCAUCUCUGGCAGAAGGACCUCCGGCCAAGAGGAGGAAGAAACACAAGGAGGAGAAGGAUCACAUUGGGACAAAGCUGUCUCCAUCUCUCCUUCCAUCCGAACCCCUGCUAGCUCAGGUGAAGAUUGAAGAGGAUUAUCUGUGCGAAGGCGAUGAAGAGCUUCCUCUCAGCUGGCAGCCUCUCAGCCCACGUGACAAGAUUCUUCAGUAUACAAAGUUUUCCAGCCCUGGACCCUGCCCGGACUUUGACUGAUUUUAAUCCUACUCAGAGAGCAUUCGUUCUGUGCUUUGGGGACGCGGAAGGAUUAAUAAUUCCCAUACGGAAAAACGAUUGGGUUAAAAAGUCCGCUUUAUUCCUUGUUUCCUGGUCCCCGUUCGGUUGAAUGAUAUUCAUUUUCCACCUUUACUCGUCUGAUGCUUCCUGCACAUCUGGUAGUUAACCUUUUAAUGAAUAGUUUGGAUUUACAAGUACUUGAGGAUAGUUAAAACUCACAUAAGAUUACUUAAACUUUUACUGACGUGAAAGCCUUUUUAAUGCUACUCUUAAUUUAAUUUUGGAUAAUCAGAUUAUUUCUGUAUAUAGCCUCGCCUAAUCGAAUUUGCAGAAUUUGUACAGAUGCUUUAUGUUGGCUUAUAAUUUUAUCUCCUAAAACUUCCAGAAUAAAACCGCAUGUUUAUUUA